AGUUGCGCACGUGUCAAGAAGUGCCCGCAACACAAAGUUGCUUCUUCGUGAUCGUGAUUGGGACUUUUUUGGGACUUUUGCAAAGGCCGCAGUAGACAAUUGGAAUUGCCGCGACGGGCUUGUUGUACCUUUUGUGCUAUUGUGUUACCGCAUCCGCGCAGAGCCAAUGAGCGCGCACUUGCGCGCGCGCGCGCGCGAGAGCGGCAGAUCUGGUGAAGCCUAAAACGAACCGCGUGUCAUUUCGGACCCCCCGAAUCGAUUGCGCGACGCUCUCUUUUCCCAGCAUUUUGCAAAUGCUUUUGAUUGCUCGGAGCCACGUGUUCUGGUUUGCGAGCGCUCCCUCCGGAGGACGACGCGCACGCUUUCAUAGGACUUUUCUCGGCUUUCUGUCGUCGAAUGGGUUCCGCUGGCCUUAUUCCUAUCAUCGCGAGGUCCGCCCGCUGAGCGCCCGACGAUGACUAUGAUCUCGAUGGCAGACGCGUCGGUCCCCCCCGAUCCUUCCAAAUCGGCCUUUUUGGAAUUCAGCGGGCACGGCUACCCCGGACCCCAGCAACCCUCCGCGGGAUUAGCGCACGGUCAUUACCAGCUCCACGGUCUGCACGCCGCCGCGCAACACGACGGCCGCUUCCAGUCCUCGGCGCCGUCCUACGGCCGUCCGCUCGGGUACCCGUCCUACCACAGCCCGGUGAGCGCGCACCCACCCGGGUCGUACCUGCCCUACGCGCACGGAGGCCACGGCGGCGCGCUCAUGGCGCACGCCAGACUGGAGGAGCAAGAACACGAGAAGCCCACCGCCAUAUUAGAAAACGGAGCGCUACGGCUCAACGGGACCGGGAAGAAGAUCCGAAAGCCUCGGACCAUUUACUCGAGUCUGCAGCUCCAGGCCCUCAACCAGCGCUUUCAGCAAACCCAGUACCUGGCUCUGCCUGAGAGGGCUGACCUGGCCGCCAAACUGGGCUUGACGCAGACGCAGGUCAAAAUAUGGUUCCAAAACAAACGAUCAAAGUACAAGAAGAUAAUGAAGACCGGGUCUUGCGGAUCAGACGGAGAGCCCAGGGCCACCCGACUCCAGUCUUCCACUCCUCCAUGCUCCGUAUGGGACAUGAGCAUGGCUCCUAAAGGCACACCAGUGCACUCUGGUGGAUACAUGAACAAUUUUGGCCACUGGUACCCGGGGCACCCGCAGGAUGCCGUGCCCAGGACUCAGCUGAUGUGACGCACCCGGGACUGGAGGGUUUUCUUUCCAUGAAGAGAAAUGCCCCGUAUCCGAGACAGCGUCUUCAGUGUGAGACACCGGAGCAAAAAUGAAGUGCGGAGGCAGCUUAAAAAACAAACAAACAAAUGGCACGAGGGCUUUCAAAAGGGAGGCGGUUCUGACUCCUUUUGGUCUAGCAGCUAUAAAUACUCUGAAGUAAAGUGCAGACAGGUACUGCACAUGAUUUCUUUGGUGAAUGGGGCUGCUUUGAGUUGACUUGAUUUCUUGGUGUCAGUCAAAAGAGUCGACGACGACGCGCCCGCUCGGUCACGACGUGGCAUUCCGAAUCCACUCAAUGUUACGGUCGCUCCGUUGUAAAACCGUAGUCGACAAAAUCGCACGCAACAUGUUAGCUAUUAUUAGCUACAGUAGAACAACCUGUUCUCACAAGCAAGCCAUUCAGACCAUAUGACUUGGGAAAACCCGUCCAUGUCAACAUAGGGUAAACGUGGAAACUUUGGAAACAUAACAAUAUGCACUGAAGUUAACCUCUUAACCUUGUCGUGAAUUAUGCCAAGACGCCGAGUUUUGUGUGCCGCAUACUGUAUCCGUCAUGCUAUAGGGUACUGCGUGUUGAAAAGAAGUAGCGCCUUUUGGUCAAAUGAUGCCAGUGCUGUACUGAAGCAUCCCUGAUUCUGGAAAAUUCUUCUUUCUUUUUUAAAUAUUUCAUAAUAUAUUUUGGGGUGGGAUUAUGUGGCACAAGCACAUGUGGAAAUGGGUUUCUAUGAAGGUUUUCUAUGGCUUGAAACUGGUUUUGGUGAAAUGUUUUCAAAUUGAUCAUGUUAACGAAGAAGAAAAAGAAAAUACAAGAAAUUGUUUUGAUUCUUUUAAAUGUUUUAAUAGCACGUGAAGAAUGGUGCCAUUAUAAUUUCAUCGCUUUAUAAAGCUGUACAACAUAUGAAUGCCAAAAGCUUCUCAAUCCUGUGAGUUCAUUCAAGCUCUGCGAUUUAAACGCAGAAACAGAAACACGCACAAAAGAACCCAUGUAUGUGGAGAAUUAACAAUAUGAAACAGAAAAACAUGGGAGUUGUGUGCUGUUGUCAUUUUUCCAAUGUGUGGGCAUAUAUUGGUGAAAACCGAUGAGCAGAUGGACACUUUAACAUGUGACAGAUCAGGGUUAAAAAAACAACAACAACAAAACGUGUUUUUAUACUGUACUGCAAUAAAGUUUUGUUUUCUUUUGUUUGUCUGAACGGUU